CCGCUAUUGUAAUGGUACGUUCUCACCCCCGAUUACUGUCGUCUGCAAAUCUUCUUCCACGACGCAAAGAUGGCAGCUCUUCAGUCUGACGGUCCGGACGGUAUUCCUCACAUAUUUCCACCCAAGAUAAGGUGAGGUGAAUAAGAAAAGCCUGUCACAUCUGGAACGGAUGAAGUUGAAGUUCAAGUGAACAUAAAGUUGAAGGUCGUUUUCAUGCCAUGAAUGGCAGCCACUCAGUUUGGCAGCUUGGCAGUUGAACCCAGGAGGAAGAGGCACCCCCUUACAUGAUCCUGUGAACUGCAGGAUACACUAGCACCAUAUGGACUGCUGGAGGCAAGGCUCUCCGUGGCAUAUAAACUGAUGGAAAUCCUGGUGACCAAUGUAAUGUUUAACUGUUGUCUUGCCUUCCAUCGGAUUUCUAUGUAGGGCUUGGCCAAUAUACAAAACACCUACCAGAAAUUAUGACUGAAAGAGAAGUGGCCAAAAAACAAUUGGUCACCAGGGACAUCACUUCCUCAUAGUAUUGAAAAGGUAGCAGUCCAACACUUUUUCGGCUUCUUAUUUUUUUAAUUAGCAUGUUUGCCAGUAUGAUUCUUAGCAAAUUCAAGCAUCUACCUCUCAGUACACGCAUUCCCAUACUUCUCUUCUUACUGGGACUGGCAGUCUUUACUUCUCUGCACUACCUGAACUGCAAGGUAGGGGGCAGCAAUGAUCCACAGAGCAGGCAGGCAGUAAUGGACUAUCAAGACAAAGACUACUACCUCACACUUCUCAACGAGCGUGAGGAGCAGCACAAGCAGUAUGUGACAAGUUUGAAGAAACAGAUCAGCGAGCUGAAACUUGAACUUGCAAGACGGACAGAAAAGAUCAACAAGGGUGCCCAACCGGUGAACGAUGUGGUCCAAGUGUUUGAUGACCACGUAAAUGACAAUGAUGACUUGAAUGACUAUCUACAGCAACAGAUAGAUAAGGCAGAAGUCAGACAUGGCUUCCGUGUACGCAACGAGUAUGAGAUCAUACCCUUCAAUAUGUUCACACCACAGCGAAUAUACCAGCUGGAAAUGGGACUGUAUCGUCACCCUGAGGAGAAACCCACCAGGAAAGACAAGAAAGAUGAACUUAUUGAAGCAGUGGAAUAUGCACUGGAACUCCUAAAUGGCCAGAAGGUUAAAGAAAGCAAACAGUUUACUGUGAACGACUUUGUUGAAGGGCUUUAUCGCACAGAGAGAAACACAGGCACUCAGUACGAGCUCUUCUUCCGAUCAGGGGUGUCUGGUCGCAUUCACCGUAUGGAGAUAUUCCGUCCAUUUGGGCCGCUACUGCGGGUGAAUUCAGAGGUAUUUGAAACAUCCAAGACCACCAUCAACAUCAUUCUCCCCCUGGCAGGACGCAUGGAGGCAUUCCGUAUCUUCAUGCAGAACUUCAGGGAAGUUGGGCUGAAGCAUGACCGGAGGGUGUUUCUCACGGUGGUGUACUUUGGACAGGAACACUUGCAGGAGGUAGAGAACACUCUGGAAAGCAUUGCCAGGGAAACAGGCCAGAGAAGCUACUACAAACUUAUCGCACUCAACGAGGAGUUCUCCAGGGGAAAGGGACUGGAGGUCGGGGCUAAAGCCUGGGACAAGGGAAAUGUACUCCUGUUCUUCUGUGAUGUGGAUAUCUGGUUCACAAUGGACUUCUUGGACCGUUGCAGGUACAGUACAGUGGCAGGGAAGAAGGUGUUCUAUCCCAUCCUCUUCAGUCUUUAUAACCCCAGCAUUGUGUAUGCCCAGGAGAGUCGGAUCCCUCCACUGGAGCAACAGCUGACCGUGAAAAAGGAUACAGGAUUCUGGCGAGACUUUGGCUUCGGCAUGACCUGUCAAUAUCUGUCAGACUUCCUUAACAUUGGCGGGUUUGACCUUGACAUCAAGGGGUGGGGAGGGGAGGACGUUAGCCUGUACCGCAAGUACGUGAGCAGCAACUUGAUCGUGAUCCGAGUCCCGGUGAAAGGACUGUUUCAUCUGUACCACGAGAAGACUUGUGACGUGACUCUGUCAGAGGAGCAGUAUAGGAUGUGCAUCCAGUCCAAGGCUGUUGGGGAGGCUUCACAUGCCCAGCUGGGGAUGCUGGCUUUCAAGGAAGAGGUUCAAGCACAUAAAGCCAGCAGGAAACACUGAUCAACUCCUAAAUUUUGCUAUAAAGAUAAAUUUGUUAAACAUGCUAUUUCCGUAUUCAAAGUUAAGUGCCUACCAACAAGCUUUCAAUCAGUCCUCUAAUCCCUCUCAAUUUGAAAUGACCAGAAGCCUAAGUCAUAACAUGAUCUCGGUGGAAGUGUGGCAAUGUACAUACAAUUUGAAAGCUUAUUGGUAAAAUCUUUACUUUGUUUUUGGAAACAACAUUAUAAAAUCUUUAUAUGAUAUGUAUAACAACAUUAUAAAAUCUUUAUAUGGUAUGUAUUACUAUCAUAGACAAACUUGUGAUUCCCGAUAUCUGUACUUAAUCAAUCCAUAGAUCAUGCCAAUUUGUAGCAAAAAGGGGUAUCACAUAUGAUGACUAAAGCUUUGUAGACUACAGAAGUCUAUGUUAGUCUAUAAAACCAGAUCCAAGUGCCUAAAAAGUUCUGUUGGGUUCUGAUAAGACGUAAUGUUGUAGUCUUAGUUGAAAUGAGUGUCAUGUUCAGUGUUAGUGUAUUGUAUAUCACUAUAUGAUAGACAAAUGCAGACUUUGUCUCAAGAAGGAAACUUCCAUAUACAGAUUGUUGUAAAGUUUUAGGUACAGUAGUAGAAAAGCUAUUGAGUAUACUGGUAAUGUCAACUUUCUGUCCAUACUAUGUGUCAUCAUCAUCAUUAUGGUCUGGGCUAAGUUCACUCUUAGUCUAGACUUAGAUCACUAUUUAGUAUGAUCUUUUAUUUUUCUUGAAAAUAUAUAUCAUCAAAUGAAGACAAUAUAAUAAUGUAGAAAUGUGUAAUGUAAGCAACAAAUACUAGAGGCAUUUUACUUAAUUCUCUUUGAAGCUAAUAAUCAGCAAUGUUAUGAAAUGUCCAUGUUUUUAUUUAUAUAUUUUUCUUUUAUCAUAAGUGGUAGCUAUCAUGGCAUUGGCUUUGAAAUUAGUAUCAGUCUGGACUUGCAACAGUGUCACCUAGCAGUUGUCACUAUACUGCAGAUUGAGACCAGUUCAAGUUCACAGAAAACUCAUGCUACAACUUGAAAAACUUAUAUUUUCUCCUAAUGAUUAAUUUUUUUGAUUGUUGACAACUUUUUUUGCCAAUUUUCCACUAAACCUUGCCAAAACAAACGUUUAAAAUUGUUUUCAGAGAAAUUUAAUAGUUGUUUAUUCAAGCCAUUUCCAUAAUUUUGGUAUUGAGGACAUUUGUGUCAUACGUUGUUAUAAUUCCCAAAUUUUAACUUUCACACAAAGUGUUUAAUUUAGUAAAAAUUCAUGCAAUGUAAGAUAUAAUAUGGCACCCUAUGUAAAAUUAACUUUCAAAUCAAAUAACAUUUUCCAAAGAGUAGGCCUACAUUCUCCCCUUGUUAAGGAAGUACAAAAAACAGAAACUACCUCUAAAUUCCACUGUUCCAUCUUGCUUUAUCGUACUGUUCUGAAUGUAACAAUUUUGAUGGGUUGGUUUGUAGUUUGGUUUGUAGUCAAGUGCAACUGGCUUGACUUUUUUCCCUUGACUUGGAUGACAGUUCAUGAAACCAGUCAAACAUGCACAAGUAAGGACCACCUGGCCAAUGUACUUUUUUUCCUUUGACACAGGCAUUAAGAAUCAUGCCAAAAUGCGACCAAAUUUCCAUAUAGACCAGAGUUUAUUGGUCCUCAGAAUUAUCCUCUUUGGAAGGUUUGACUGUAUAUACCAAGUAGCUGUUAAGAAAUAUUGCUUUGUUUAAAACUUCUCAAAGGAUGUGUCUAGACUCAUUUUACUUUAUCUUUGGGGGGGACUGCUGAUUUGAGGUUUCAAGGCUAGAGAUGUGGGACAAGGAAGCAAGGCAUAGAAAUUUUGAUGAUGACUUUGUGCUAUAAUUCUUAAUCUUGUACAUGUACUCAAAACUUUCUUGUGGUAGUACAAAGUUGUCUGUUCCUUUUUGAAAGACCAAUUUGCAUGUAAAUUGCAUGUACCCUUGUUACUGUUUGAAGAAGAAAGAAAAGAUUAGUAAAUUCUUACUAUGAUUUUUUUCUGGUACAUGUAUUAUUUGUUUUGAGCUUUCAUCACGGAGGAAUUAAACAUUGCAAUUUCAUA